UAUUUAUUUUCGUUCGCUCUCGACCGCGGAAAACCGAUUGAAAUUUUUCGUUGAGGACGCGAAAUAAAUAAAAAAUAAUAAUAAUAACUAUUUGUGUAUUUGAUGAAAGUUCCAGUUUGGGUGAUUAUGGUGAUGUGAGGCAAAUGUUUCACGAGUUGACUCCGGAAGGGUAGCAAAAGUAGUUGUGGUAUAGACAUGCUUCAUCAAAAAAUAAACUACUAAACAUAAUGCCGGAAUUGUAAACAGUGCGCGUUAAAAUGGCCUUAAGGUCCACGAACAGAGAACGCUAGUAUUUGGACUUCAGAAGUUUUUAUAAAACUCAGAGCAUCAUGGGGAACUCGUGCAGCAGUGGGCAGGCCCACAAGGAUAAGGACAACAUGUCUCAGAGAUCGGAAGAGUCGGCAAGUUAUCAAGUUCGCACAUCUCUACCCUCCGAGAAACAACAAACUCUGCUCAAUCACAUAACGCCUCAUAGUGGAGUCAUUUUGGAGCCGAGUACUGCCGGUCAAAGUUCCAGCCUGCAACAAUCUUCAGGAAAUCAUCCACCGCCCUCCGAUCUCAAAAAUCCCAGCUUAUCGAAGAUCAUGAAGGCAACAGAUUCAAUGUCGUUGGCUUCGCCAAUAAGUCCCAAAGGGUUCGAAAGAUUAACUGAAGAUGUACCAAAGGAGGUGUCGAGUUUGAGUGAGAAACUACAACAUUUGAUUAUGGGGCGGGUGGCGCAUGCCAAAACAUCUUUGAGAGGGAGGAAGAUUGUUAUUUAUGUUUGCGCCGCUGAUUCACAAGAUUGUACAGUAGAAAAAGGUUCUUUACACAACGUAGUCUACCCAAAUCUACGGCAGUACUGUAGAUCGAAAGGCUACGAAUUACACAUAGUAGAUCUACAUUGGAAAACUUUAUUAGAAAAGCAGCAGGACCAUGAGUUUCCGGAAUUGUGUAUUGGAGAAUUGACAAGACAAAUUGAAGUAGCUUACGUCAUUCCAGUCUUAUUCUUGAAUAACUCUUUGGGUACUCAACUGUUACCAAUCACAAUCGAGAGUGCCGAUUUCAAAAUGGCACUUGAAAGUACUGAUAACCAAACUGCUCAAGGAUUAUUGAAAAAAUGGUAUAUGCUGGAUAGUGAUGCUCAACCACCUUGCUACAGACUAAGGCCCAUAUCCUGUCAUAUUCCAGGUUUCAAUGAAAGUUCUUUGGAAGAUCGAGAAAAGGCUUUCCAGGAAUGGGCUCAUGAAAUUGAUAAAAUGUUGGCGGUGCUUAUAAAUGUUUUCUCUAUGGAAUUGCGGGAUACUUAUUUAACGACUGUUGUCGAACAAGAAGUCCAUAAUACGGUAUUUAUGAGCCAGGAAAUGGCCAAAAGAUGUAUUUGGAUGAACCGAGUUUAUACGCCAACACCUAAAACGCCUGAUAAUCCAACUCCUGGCGAGGAAGAGGCUAUUAGAAGAUUGAAUAUUCUACAAAAGGACCUUAGAGACCAACUCGCCGAAAAACACAUAGUCCGUAUCCAAGUGAAAUAUUCAGACACUGGUCCAAACUUAGACAUUCCCGAGCACAAAGACUACGUUUCUACGGUUAUAACUCAUAUUCAGAAACAUUUGCAAGAGACUAUCGACUCUAUUAUGGAUGAGCAUACCAACAAAACCAUGAUCAAGCCUAGUUAUGGCAUCGAGGCUAGCUUGUUUGAGGAAUUGAAUCAGCAGACUUAUUUUUGUCAAAAGGCUUCGCAAUGCAGCAUUAAUAGGGAGAAAACCAUUGAGGAGAUUCAAUCAUACAUCACAAGCGACAAAUCCAAUCCGUUGAUUCUAGUAGGACCGAGCGGUUGCGGUAAAACAACCUUACUAGCAAGAAUAGCUGUCCAUUGUCCAAAUAAAGUACCAGAAGCAUUCCUUAUUGUCAGAUUUGUGGGUAUCAGCGCACAUAGCAACACUAUCGAACAGCUACUGAGCUCCAUAACCAAUCAGUGUUCGAUAUUGGCUUUUGGACACAAGUGUUUUUGUGAUCAUAGUAUAGAAGAAUAUCAAAAAAUCCUCCCUAAUUUACUGACAGCAAGUAGCCCGCAACGACCUAUGGUGAUCAUUUUAGACGGUUUGGAUCAAGUUAGAGAAUAUAGUUCCAAAAAUACUAAGUGGAUUCCUUCUAAACUACCAGAUAACAUCAAACUAAUUAUCUCAGUAACCGAAGGAAGCCAGAUGUACGAUGAUCUGAAAUCUAGACUCCCAGAUACUUGUUACAUCACAAUGCCGCUUCUAGGACAAGCCGAGGCAAAAAAUAUUCUUAUGUCCAGCGUAAUGCAAUAUAAUCAUAGUAUUAAUUCGAAAAUUCAAGACUGUGUACUUAAAUCUGUGCAGGAAUGCACUGUACCACUUUACGCCAAGGUUUUAGCUUGGCAAACUUCUUGGUGGGUGGAUAAGGACCACGAAAUCAAGCCGAAAGGCAAAGUUUCGAAUCAACUAGACUUUAUGCUAGAAGAAUUGGAAAGUAUUGUUGGAACUGUUCAAGUACAGCAUGCUUUAUCUUUGAUUACGUGCAGCAAACAUGGUGUUACGGAUUCGGAAAUGUUGGACUUGUUAGCUUUCGAUGAGAGCUUUCAUAGUACGACGACUUAUGUUCCCUGGGCACCAGCAUGUCUAGCAUGGCCAAGACUCAUAAAGCACCUAGCUCCAUUUUUAAUAUGGUCACUCAGUGGUGGCAUGUUAGGCAUCCAAUGGAAAGACGAUCUAUUGAGAAAAGCCGUAACUAAACGGUAUAGUAACUCUAAAAAUUGGGCACAUCAGGCGCUAUACGACUAUUACAAUGGCAAAUGGUGUCAGGAAAAUUCGACAAAUUUGCAAGCUCGUGUAGCGACUCAGGAGAAUAACUUUGGAAAAUGCUACAACCGACGAAAACUUGAUGAACUUCCAUUUCACUACCACCACUUGAACCUUGGCUUGGAGACGUCAACUUACCUCACGGACAUCUCUUGGAUCUACGACAAACUAUGCGGUUCGAAUGCAUUUCAAAUUUUAGAAGACAUCAACUUGCUCAAGCAAAUUUCCAUUAGCGAUUUUCUGCGAAUAUUGAAAGAGUUUUUGGAAAAGCGAGCUAGUGUUUUGAACUAUGAUGGACGGCAGUUUUAUUCGCAUUUGUACACGUUUUUGAAAGACAGAAGUAGGGAAGGAGCGGAGAAGGAGAUUUAUGAUGUUUGUGAAAAUCCUCCAGUGUUGACUUUAGUGCCAUUAAAUCCGGAUGUUUUGAUAAAAGAAGUUGAUUGCACAAGAGAGAUUCAGCACGCCACAAAUUACGAUUUGCUAGUGAGAAUUCCAAAUUCAAAUAGAUUCAUUGUCAGUGUAUCGAGUAAUGAUGAAAGGCUAUGUGUUUGGGACGUUUUAGAAUGCAAACCAAUCAGAACUUUGAACGGCAUCCCCCUUCCUACCAAUCUAAUACCGAUAGACGAAUUCAAAUGUGUCGUUCUAUGCCGAAGAGAAUUGAGGAUAUACAACCUAAAUACCGGUACUUUUAUGACCAAACUGAAAGGAGUGAUGAACCAAAAGAUGCCGUUCUACGGCCUCCACGACAAAAGCCACUUAGUGGCUCUUAGUAGAAAUAGGAUGUAUAUAAAUUUUAUGAAUUUAGAAUCAGGAAACUGUGUUACAACUUUCAAAGCUGGAGAGGACCGAUUUCUUAAUUCCCUGCUGGUUUCGGGGGAUGGAAGGGUUCUCGUGUGCGGAGAUGAAACACAAAAACCUUUCCCUUUAUUAGUUUGGAAUCUAAAAUCGAAAAAGCUACUUUACGACCUCAGGAUACCUCAUCAUGACUUUAUUACAUCGUUAAGUGCGAUCACACAUGAAGGCAACUACGUUUGCUGUGUGUGUCACGAAAUCGACGACGAAAGUCCCAACUUUAUUGUAGUCUACGAUCUACAAAGCGGCACGCUCUUCAAAAAAUGGAAGCCAUCUUGCAACACUGUGUCAUUAGAAAUAAGUUCUCAAGGAGGUUGUGUGAUAUCCGGUCUGGAAGAUGCCAGAAUUUUAGUUUGGGACCUUAUAACUGGCAACUGUAGGUUCUCCCUAAGCGGCCAUACAGCUCCCGUAUCCAGUUUGAGACUGGACCCCACAGGAUCCUUGUGUCUUUCUAGAGACUCCGAGUGUAGAGACAGGUCAAUUAGAUUAUGGGAUCUCAACAAGGGCAAUCUCCUAGCAGUUUACACGCCUCAAACUAAAAUAAGCGCUUGUGAAGUCACUCAAAACGGCCAUCACGUGAUUUUGGCUCUCCAAGGUCAUAAAGAUUUAAUUACUUUGCAAUUACGUGGGCCCAAACUUGAGGAGUGUCAAUUGGAUGAGACGUAUGGCGAUGAAGAGUUUAGUGGGAAAAGUUGGCAGUUGAGUGACGAUACCGCGUCGUAGAGGAUAAGUACAAAAAUGUUGCAAGUGUAUUUAUGUGUUGAUUCAUAUAAGGAAAAAUUGUUUUCGUUAUUUAAAUCUGUUAAUUAUGAAUGGAAUUGCUAAGCAAUGUAAGCUAGAAAAGCAGGAGAUUGUUAAUUACCCUUAUUAGGUUUAAGUUUUUACUAUUAGGGACGCACUCAAUACUUAAAUAAUAAUAGGACUAGAGUUGAUUUUUUCAUUUCUUGGAUUGAAGAAUAUAAUAAUAAUAUAGUCUCAUAAUCUAGAGCGGGGUCCGCCUGUAUCACCGCUCGCGUUUUUUUAAUGUUCACUAGCAUCAAAGAUGUCUUGCCUUAAAUAUUUUUUGAGUUUUAUAUCAUGAUUUUAUAUUGAAAAAUUCACAAUCAGCAGCUCGUGCUCCAUUUCCAGCCUCCGCUCUAGUUAGAUCAUAUAAUUCUAGCAGUUUUCCAACACUUUAGGAAAGUACACAAAAGGACGCUAUAAUUAUGGUCGUUCCAAGUAAAUUAUGCUUCUCUGUUUUUUUUUUCUUCAGCUUGGUGGAACCCUGCUAAUGUUUAAUUAAAAGUGCCAAUUUGCUUUUUUUUUAAUUUAUUUUGAACACAACGAGUCAAGCGCAAAUUUCGAGAUCAUCGAAUAAACUCAUUGUUUAAUGAGAUUAUUGGUUGUUACGGAAUGUUAUUUUUCUGUAAUACUUUAUUGAUUAUUUGUAUAUUUUAUAGGUCCGUUAUUCGUUGGUCAAAAAUAUUGGGCACUAAUUAAUUUAGCCAUCACAUGGGUUACUUGGUAUCUAGACUAGGAGUAGGUACCUAUGUAUAGCCCAUCGACGUAAACGACCCAUAAGUUUUUUUUUUGUUUGAGGGCUAUUAAAGUCAAAAGGGAGUUGUGUUCAGUGAUAAUACGAAACCUCACACAUGUAAGGACCCAAACUUCAACAUAGCAUAGUUAAAGCCUAACAUUCCCUUCCAUCAUGCUUUAGACUUGUUGCGAUGAGCGACAAUAUUUUCUCUUCUUUUCCAAUUUUUUUGGAAUCAUUUCCAAUUCUCUAAAAUUCUUAUGCACAACAGUACCAUGCCCAAAUCCAGGCAAUACCAAUAAUUACCUAGUUAACAAGGCACAAAUAGGUAUCUAGACAAAAACCUCUUCUAUUUCUGCGAUUUUUUUCUGAGUAGAUAUAAUCUUGUUGGCAAUGUGAUUUUUAAAAUCUCUUGCUCAAAAACCAUACCUACCCAAAUUACGCUGAAUGGUCACUCAUCACAAUAAAGUCAUAGAUAGUAGAUAGUGGGCCAAUUGUAUUCUCCGUUGGAGUGUUACUAGUUAAGCCAGCUGACAGAAUUGAUCUAGAUCAGUGUGACAGCGAAGUACCUGCUAAUUGUGACCAUUGAUGGCCAUGGUCCCCUAUCUCUCUUGUAUUCUCUUACCUUACAUACCCUACUUUGUAAGUACCCCUAUUAGUUUCCCUAAAUUGUUCCGAGCCAGUUGGAGAAGAUUUUCUGUCAGGUCAGGUUGGGUUAGUUUGGGCUAGUACUCAAGUGCCUGAAGCCCUGUCUCGCCCAUCCCUCACUUAGAAUUCUGUAGGUGUGUUCUUUGAAAUCUAGGUUCACAGUUUUGCUAGUCAACAUCACAAAAGACUUAGGACCGAUUGGUCUCCUUUUUGCUCCACUGUGGCUUUUAAUCCACCACAUCAUGACUGUAUUGCGCGAUUCUCUCUAAUGUCUGGUGGCACUCAAGGCUUAAUUAAGAUGUUACUUUCAUCUUAUUUAAGGUUUGCAAUACUUGCUUGUUAUCUGUGAGAAAGAUGUUCCCAUAAUCCUUCUUUCCUGUAUUUGUAGAGCUCCCUGUAUUAUUCCAAGCAGCACUUCCAGAAAUACUGACAGGUUACCGCCUAAAGCUGUAAGUUAUUUCUAGGUCGAGUUCAGGUAUAUACACACCUAGCCCAGUCCCGGAGGGGUUUUUUGAACCGUCCAUGUAAAUAUGUAUUUCUGCCCGCAUGCCUUGUUUAGUUGGGCCCCUUAGUUUCACCUUAAAGGCAUUCUUAAAGUUGAAACGUGGGAUCACUGUAUCCGUCCAGUGUUCUAGCAGUGGUUGUUGUUCGACAUCUUUCUGAAACACUCAGACACACCACAAUCCAACAAUUAUAUUGGACAUUAUUACUUAACUAACUUAAUAAUGUCGACCUAACUAAAGAGACAGGGUCUUUUAUAUUUUAAAACAUGUUGAUCUUGCUGUUUCUAUGGGAGCGUUGCGAGGAUGUAGCAGUUCUUGGCGUGACAUGUUCAGACAGGAUAACUUGCUGAAGAAGCUUCUAGACUUUGCGAUACUUUGUACGACCGUGGUGAUGUCUAAGAUUGGGUCAGCUUGAGUAAAUUUUGGUAAGUUUAUCCCUAACUAUUAGGGCGUAGUUACGAACUGGGAAUUCAAAAAGGUCAAUGUUUAUCCUUUCAAAUGGAGUUUUGGGAGUUUCAGUAAUAACGAGAGGAGAACUAAGAUUUUUCCUACAGAUUUAGACUUUUUGGUAGAUUUCGCAGGCUCUGAUGAAAUUUCUCAACAUCUUUGGUUAAACCUUGUCAGGAGGAUUUGUCUUUAAUCCUUCUAACGGUUUCAUUGAUUCCACGAUUUGAAUUUGUUUUUCGAGUAUGAUAUUGGUCAGGGAUAAUUGGGAUUUGGUCUUGAUCUGGGGUUUUGACGAUAUUUUGGCAUGUCUUAAGCUUAAUGUCUUUUUCGGCAAAUAUAAAGAAAAAUAUUUCAAGAAUAGGUAAUUCCAGAUUGUUUUCUAUGCAAAAGGUUUUUUCAGGGUCAAAUUCGUUUUGACACUUGAAAAGCGAGUAAAAGAGGGUAGGGACUAUUUUCUCAUUUUUACAAGGAAUGGAAAUUAUGAAGUACUUGCGUGCCUUCACAGAUUUGCUCGAUAAAAUGUUAACCUGAUUAGGUUGAAAAUCGAAAUUUUCCUCGAAUAGAUCAUCUAUAAUUUUGUAACUUAUGUAAGUCUGUUAGUUUGAUUUGCCAAAAGAAUGUUACAUAUUUUUGUGAGACUUGUCCAGAAGUUGUAGGUCCAUCUUUGAGUAGUCAAUAAUUGAUCUGGUUUUGAAGAGAUUCACGAAAGAGUUGUAUUCUUCCUCAAUUAGGGUUGUUUCAAGAUAUGUUCGUGGAUGGUAGGAAAGUAAACGAUAAUAUCGUCCAUGUAGACUACGGAAAAAGCGGUUUUCGAAAUAUCCUUGGGUUCUACUUCUAUUUGGUGAAAACCUGAGGCUAGGUCAAGGGUGGUAAAAUAUUGACAUUUUCCCAAUUGAUCCAGAACUGAGAUCCAGAAGAUCAGAAAUAUAUAUAGGCAGCGGGUAUUUGUCGUUUACAGUAAUAAGACCAUGGAGCUACAGAAUGGCGAAUUAUGCCUUAGUCUAGCAUUUUGGUAACUUGGGAUUUGACUUCUUCUUUGUGGAUUUGGGGGUACCUGUAAGAUUUGGUAUACACCGGCUUUGCAUUAUUGGUGUCAAUAGGGUGUUUAAUAUCACUAGUAAAUGUGAGCGUGUCACCUUCCAGUUAGAAAAUGUCGGAAAAGUUCAGGCAUAAGUUGGUAAUUAGUUCUUUUUCUUCGUCGUUUAAAUGUUCUGUACGAAGUUCAUUUUGUAUGGACAUUUGCCUAUCAUAAGUAUCUUCAUAGUCGAGCUUAGAGUUGUUAAAACUUAGAAUGGCUUUUUGAGUUUCAUUUUCUGAGACAAAUGGUUCGAUAGACCAGUUGGAAAACUCCACGGUUUUUUCUAUAGUGUUAAUAUUUACAAUUGAGGUUAAAAAUUCACCUUGUUCAUUGACUUUUAGUAAAGCAUUAGGUCAUUUGACUUUUUCUUUUUCUUGAGAAAAGAGUAAAGCAUUUGUGUACGAUAGAUUACACUUGAGUUUUAAGAUCUUUCUACUUCUAGCUUCAAUAGAUAUUUUGUUAAGAAUUGUUUCAGUGUUGUUUGGUUUUACUUUAUCGUGGUAGUCAUCUUCAGUGACUUUAUGAAGAGGGAUAGUUUUGAAAUUAGUUACAAGUUCUUUAGCUUUUAAAUCUAUCACACAUUGAUAAUGUUCUAGGAAAUCCAACCCUAAAAUUCCAUCGAAAUCAAUAUGCUGGUUUUGUAAAAUUCAGCACAAAACCUGCUAAACCAGCAAACAACAGUAAAAGUUAGCAAAAUCCGCCGAUUUUUCCACGGUAUCGAAAAAGUUCCCAGGCUCAAGUAAACCUAUACCUACUAACGUACCUCCGAAAAAACUGCAAAACUUCUACUAGAAACCCAUUUUCCAGAAUAUAAAAUCAUAGACACCGCCGAAAUCCCAGUAUGGCCCGGCGACCACGGACAACUGGAACAUGCUGUUACAGAAACGGGUGGUUUCGAAUGACAAAAUCACUUGGGCAAUACUUACCUUCAAACAAUUUAAGUUCGCAGAAGUUGACGGAGACAUUCCUACAUUGAAUAAAGAAUGAAGGCUUUCACGGCCGGUCAAAUCCGAGGAUGAUAAACAUGUUCUCAGGCUCAAGUGACUCUAUACCUACUUAUGUUUACCGUCACUUCUCUUCCUGGUUGCAUUAUAGGAUCUUUUGAGAGAACUUUUUUGACCCUAGAGACGGUUGACGUGGUAGAGAUCUCGUUGCAAAAGUUCUUUCAAGCUGCUCUUUUCUUCACUCUGAACUACUUUUCAUAAGUCCUUAUAUGUUAUUUGUAUGCUACCCAGUUUGGGUCUAUCUUGAAACAAGUUGUCGUUCAAGGAACGGACAUGCACAUGAACCUACUUUCAUUCAACUAUACAACAAUUGUAAUGAUGAUUUUAUCAAGUUAACCAAUCUAGAUGUUAUUAAUCCAGCUUAGAUUUCUUAAAUCACAGAGUUUCUAACUUUAUCAACAUAAAUGACAUCUAUUUGCGAUUUUCUCUCAAGUGUCUAUAUUAAGAAAAUACAUCAGAUUAGUGAAGGAAGAUCUCCCUGGCUGAAAACCAUGUUGAAAACUUGAGAUUUUUCAUGCUACAAACCCAUUAAAAAUAUCAGAAUCUUAGAAACAUCAGAAGUGACAGCAACACCUCCAACAUUAUUAAUCUGUUUGUUUCUUGAAAAUGGAAAUCACUUCAGUGGAUUUCCAUCUAGACGGAUUAACCGAAGAUAAAAAGCUCAGAAAAAAAAUUCAGGGGAUCUCGUCACCAUCCUUAAGAAAAUGUAUGUCGGAGUCCCAUUAGAUCCAAUGGCUAUAUUACCAUCUUUAUUGUACAUCGAAAAUCAAUCCCAUGACAUCUAAGUCAAUUUUCGUCUAUCUGGUCUGGAAGUGUGUUUUUCCUGUUAAAACACUCCAAAUUGCAGCACCCUGUACUUUCUACAUCAGAGAAAGUUAGGUACCAGUCUUAAAAUAAGAAUUUAAAUACCUGAAAAUAUGCACACUUUAUAUCAAGACGCAGAACCAUUAAACAUGUUCUAAGCACUCCUAGUGGGUUUAUUAUCGAUUCGGAUCACCUGAUUGACAGUUGAUGACAAACCCUGACUUGGUGCAUUUACGAAAAAUCGACAAAAGCCCUCGGGUAUUCUUGACUUUCUCACCACCAAUUAUUAUCAAUAUGUAUUUCUUUAUUCUAGGUUUGUUCCAACCCCUCAAAAAACCGUCUCGGAACAGUUUUGGAACCACUCUGUAUGCGAAUUUCGGUUUCCUGCUGGGUUGGAACAAAACUUUUCUUUAGCCUUCACUUUUAUAAAUUUUUCAUCCUUCUUCACUAAUUUGAGCAUAUUCGAAGUUAAAUUCGUCCAAAACUGCUCCUAUAUUCUCAAUUAUUACAAGUUUGUUGGUUGAGUCUUCCAUCAUCAUACUGAUUUUCAUCAGCCAUAACGACAUAUUUUUCAGUCAUUGGUGCCUCUUUAUUUUUAUAUUAACUUGCUCAAAAUUAAACCGAUUCCUCCUUGAACGACUGCUUCUCAACUUUUACGUCAUGAAAUUCGUAAUCCGUUUUUGACGAUUACAACAAUAUCUUCCUUAACAUUUCAUCAUUUCAGGGGUCAUGAUUGUCCAACCUCCAUCAAAUGUAGCUACUACUACAACUAUCAAUAAAUGAAAAUUGCCUAAUAUUUUUGGCUGGUCAGUUAGUCGCUCAUAAAGCGAAACAUAAAAUUUGUAAAUUGAAGUAGAUCAAGAAAACGACCAAUUAUAUUAAUUGAUUAAAAAGGGAAACAAAUUUAAAAAGAGUUGAAACUAGGACCAUUUACUGAUAACAUUUGUCUUCGUUUUUUUUUUUUCGUAUUUGUAGUAUUUUUUCGCACAAGAACUGGUCCACUUACAAUUUAAACUAACAUUAUUGUAUAAAAGUACCCACACAAUUCCCGAUCCUGAACUAAUAAUAAUUAUUGAUUAAUAAAGCACAAACGUAUAAUAGUCUAGUCCAAAAGUACUUAAUCAAAAUAUAGUAAUGUGUCUGUGCUGGUAACAACUCAUCUUUAUAUUUUGAAAAACUCACCCUUGAAAAUUUGCAUUGCAGAAAAACAUAUACAGGGUGAUUUUGAGAUUAAUGUGUAACAUAAAAAGUAGAUAGGAUAGUAGCUAUAUUAUCAUAUAUGACGAAAUCUGGUACAUAUUUAAAUCUAAAAAAGAAUUAUCUUCUACAAAAAAUGGUUAGAGUAGUUAUAGAUAUAAAAUUAUGUCCAUGAUUGCCAAUUCUUUUUAAUCGUUUUAGGAAGCGCAUCUUAUGGAAAAUCGUCAGAGUUAAAUGAAUUCUUUGGAUUAAUAAUAAAGUCUAUCCAAAGGGUAUACCUACAUUAAACUAAGAUCUAUUUUCAAAAAAUAAAACAUUCUAAAAGUCUAUAUAAAUUUGUAAAUCCCUAUAUAAAAGAUAAGUAGAUAUAACGUAAAAAUGUAAAACUAUUAAGAAAUAUCGAAAAAAUAUCUUAAAAGUUUGACUUAUGGUACACAGAGACUUAGAAAAUACUCUAAAACAUAUAUUGUUGUAUUAUAAGCAAAUUUGUUUAGAAUUUUGUUGCUAUUAUUCCAUGUAUCUCUUGAACUCUGAAGCGGUAUUUGAAUAUAGACUCACCUACUGAAAAAAGAAAAAUACAAAAUUCUGCAGCAACAAAAAUGUUCAAAUACGCGCAACUAUAUUAUUUUUUCAAGAUUUCUCUGUAUUUUCUAAUGUCUCUGUAUUGUUGAUUUCAAAGGCUUUAUAAUUUAUAAGUAUCCCAUCUGGUAUGUGGAUCAAUAUAACCGAUUUAUUAUACAAAUCGAUAAAAGUGUGUAAGUACCACCUAAUAAUUCCUUGAAGAAGAUUUUAUGUUUUUGAAUGUUGUGUAAAAAAUAAAUAUGAGAUAGAAGAUAAAAAAUAAAAUGCAGAAUAUUGAAAAAGAAAAAUAAUUCGUUUUA